ACCCAUUCUGCACACGUCGGUGCCACGCGCCGGGGUAGCUGCGCAUUGGCUGCUUCAUUCCCCGAGUGUAGUAACCGCUCCCCUAGUUCCGGGUGGUUUGUGGCCCCGCCAUGGCCGCGGCCAGCCGGAACCGAGCUCGGGAUAAGUACUCGGUGCUGCUGCCCACGUACAACGAGCGCGAGAAUCUGCCGCUCAUCGUCUGGCUGCUGGUGCGGAGCUUCCAAGAGAGUGGAAGCAACUUUGAAAUUAUAGUCAUAGAUGAUGGAAGCCCAGAUGGGACACGGGAAGUUGCUGAACAGUUGGAAAAGAUAUAUGGUUCAGAUAAAAUUCUUCUAAGGCCCAGAGCAAAAAAGCUGGGAUUGGGCACUGCUUAUAUUCAUGGAAUGCAGCAUGCCACAGGGAAUUUCAUUAUCAUCAUGGAUGCGGACCUCUCGCACCAUCCAAAAUUUAUUCCAGAGUUCAUCAGAAAGCAAAAAGAAGGUAACUUUGACAUUGUGUCUGGAACUCGGUAUAAAGGAAAUGGAGGUGUGUAUGGCUGGGAUUUGAAGAGAAAAAUAAUCAGUCGUGGUGCCAACUUUGUAACUCAGGUUUUGUUGAGACCAGGUGCAUCAGAUUUAACAGGAAGUUUCAGGUUAUACAGAAAGGAGGUCUUGCAGAAACUAAUGGAAAAAUGUGUUUCUAAAGGAUACGUCUUCCAGAUGGAGAUGAUUGUUCGAGCUAGACAGUUAGGAUACACUAUUGGAGAGGUUCCUAUAUCAUUUGUGGACCGUGUCUAUGGAGAAUCUAAACUGGGAGGCAAUGAAAUAGUGUCUUUCUUAAAAGGACUGUUAACUUUGUUUGCAACUACAUGAUAAGAGCUUACCCUAAGUUAAUUCUUAUUUAAAAUGCAACAUUCUCAUGAGUUAAAUGUAAUUUUUAAAACAUAUUCAGUUGUACAAGCUUGCUGCUUUGCUUAGUUACCAGGAGACCCAUCACCUAUUUGUGAUUAAGUGAACCAACAAUAAUAAAGCAAAUAAACUGUAUCACCAGAAUAUUAUUUUCAAAUUAAAUGAACUAGUGUAUUUAUGAACAAUGUAUACUAACGAAAACCCAUGCAGUACUGUUUUUUGUAUGAAUAAUGAAGUGUUAAUAAAUUAGACCACACUUCAGUUCUGGGCUAUACAUUUUUGUUGAAAAGUGUCAUGAGAUCUUUCUCUUAUGUGCAUGAAAAUUGUAAAUUGUGCAACUUAGCAAGAUCCUACUGUAUACAGAAAGAUGCAUUUUUUUCUAAAUUAUAUUCUAACAAAAUAUUUUUGUCUUUAUUCCAGACUAAUACUGAAAAUUUCAGUCAGACAUACUAUGUUAAGAAUAAUACACAAAUAAAUUCAAAUAAUCUUUUG